ACACCUAUAGAUAAUAAUAUAAAGUUAUAUAAAAAUAAAGAACAAGCAACUAAGGAAGAAGUAUUAAAAUAUCAGCAAGAAAUAGGUGCUUUAAUAUAUUUAGCACUAAAAACAAGAAUAGAUAUAACUCUUCCUGUUAUAACUUGUUCUAGAUAUAUAAGUAACCCUUCUAAAGAGCAUUUU